UGUCUCACCUGAUUUCAAAUUCUUAGUCUCGUUGGGUGGAGGGAUCUAAAUUAAUUGGCCUUAGAUUUGUAACGGGACUCUUUGCUAUUCUAAAAAGUUUUUAACUUUUGUUGUUAUUGAAAUAUGGAUGGGGCCAUAACAGAUAUAGUCAUUGCUAGGGAGGGAAAUGUUCCUGAAAGUUAUAUUCAGGUAUCCAAAUCGUACGGAGGCUACUCCACCAUUUUGACCAAAGGGGCUUUGUCCAAGAAGAAUUAUAUUAUUUGUUAUUCUGUUGAAAUAAUUUCGUCGACUGUAAUAACCGAUAUAGCCGUGGUAAAGGAGGGAGAACCUGUGCCUUUUAAUUUUAAAAAGAUUAGUUCUGAAGCUUCCUUUAGUGGAGCUCUCUACAUCGAAAGGGAAUUGAGAGAAAAAGCCACGGUUUACAUAACUAAUUUAGCCACCUAUUUACCUAAGAAGAAGGAAUUUCUUGGAGAGUCUUACCAGUGUCUGAGCACUCCCGUCUCGGAAGGCAUUUGUAUCGGCUUUGUAAAAGUCACUCGAGAACUAACACCUCAGUUUAGGAAGUUACCCGUACCAGGCAGACCUCUAAAUUCGAACUUAUCGCGCACUUCCCUCCCAGAAGAGCACAAUUACUAUGAAAAUCUUUUAAAGAACUCUACUACUGACAAACCUCUUGCUCGAAAGCCGUCUUGCGAUAUUCCUAUUGCCCUUAACCUUCAAGUAACAGCGCCCGUAAAGCUGCAGCUCAACGUUUUACCGUCCAAGUCCGAACUUACCGCAAAGUUUCCAAUUUUUGAUUUCUCUUGCGAACGGCAGUUGCUUUGCGGAGGGGACAACUCUUUUGGUAGUAAAGGGCCUUUCGAAUAAACUAUUUAAUAAAACGUUAUAUAUUUUUUAA